UAUAAAACCUAGUUGGCAGCCUGCAGGACAGUAAGAGUUUUGAUUCAAGAUUCAGUUCACAACACUUAUAGUACAUUCUGUAUUAACAUGAUGCUUGCUGAUGGCGAGAUCUACCUAGUUACAGGAGGCAAUGGAUUUCUUGGUCAAGAAAUCAUAAAACUUCUGAUUGAAGAAAAUUAUGAUCUAUCAGAAAUCAGGAUAUUGGAUAAAGUGAUAGACCAAGUAUUUGUAGAAGAUUUGCAAGCAUUGGCUGGAGGUCGAAUUAAGGUGACGGAUUUCAUAGGAGAUGUGAGAGAUAAAGAGGUCCUGCAAAAAGCCUGUCAAGGAGUGACAUGUGUUAUUCACACUGCCUCUGCGAUUGACAUCUGGGGAUACAUCAGCAAUGAAGAGCUAGAAGCCAUCAAUGUUAAAGGAACUCAUCUUUUGAUAGAAACCUCUAUUCAACAGAACGUGAAGUGUUUUAUCUACACCAGUAGUAUAGAGGUGGUAGGACCAAAUGCAAGAGGUGAUUCUAUCUGUAAUGGUGAUGAAGACUCAGUCUACCUUGGCAAACUAAAAUUUCACUACAGCAGAACAAAACUUGCAGCAGAACAAUUAGUGCUGACAUCAAAUGGAUGUCUCCUACCUAAUGGUGAACAAAUGGUAACAUGUGCUUUACGGCCCACGUAUAUCUACGGAGAAAACUCCCGUUUUCUGGUAGGACACUUGGAUGAAGGAAUCAUCAAUGGAAAUGUUCUGAAGAGAUCUUCUAGGAAGCAGGCGCUUGUGAAUCCUGUUUAUGUUGGCAAUGUAGCUUGGGCUCAUAUUUUAGUGGCUAGAGCUAUGAAAGACAAGGACAGGAAGAAAGUAGUUGGUGGAAAAUUCUAUUAUAUCACAGAUGACACCCCGCAUAUGAGUUACUCAGAUUUUAACUAUGAGAUGAUGGGCCCUCUAGGGUUUACAAUUCCAGAAAAGCUUCAUAUGCCUCUGCUGCUUAUGUACUUCACCACUUUCAUAAUGGAGAUGCUGCAGUUUUUGCUAAGGCCAUUUAUCAGAUAUGUUCCCAAAACAAACCGACACCUUAUUACAAUGCUCAACACAAAGUUUACCUUUACUAGCCACAAAGCCUUCAAUGAUUUUGACUACAUACCACGUUACAGUUGGGACGUAGCAAAAAAGCAGACCACUGCCUGGCUGGCUUCAAUUGUACAACACCAGAGAGAUAUUUUAAAUAAAAAGUAACACUGAAGCUACAAAAAUAAAAGCCUAAAUCUUAGGGGAGAAAAGUUUGAAAUUCUGAAUGUUUAUUUUGGUGCAGUACUUAAUGCUUUUAUUCAAAAUUCCUGAGGCUGAAAUUGGCCUAAUUAUUGCCUCAUUUUGGGUGUUACCAGAGUCCAUAAAGUUCCAAAAUGAGGUCUGGCCUGCUUUGUGCACAAACACUUAGAGAUUAGUGGGAUGCUAUAAUAUUGAGGAUGUUAUCAUAGGUUCACAGAUUGUUCCCAGAAGUACCCUGUGUGGGCACAUUCUUUUUUACUUAUCUGUUCACAGGACGUGGGCCUCAUUGCCUAGACCAGCAUUUAUUGCCUUCGAGAUCAUGACAUCAGUCAGCAGAUUGGACUGAUUUGACCUAGUGGUGCUCUUUUCAGCUCACUACUUCAAUUAAUAUCAUUUUUUAACUUACAUAUUUGAAUGCAUAGUGUUAAAAAGGACCCCAUUCAGCUGCAAUAGUUAAAGGACUCCAAUUACAUUUGGGUUAGUUAUUGAUUGCUUAGGGCCGUUGUUUUGUCUUUAAGAAUGUGUUUUCUAAAGUUGUUUCAAGCUCCACAAGUCUAAAAGUGAUGUUAUGGCAGGUAUUUCAAGAUUUUCUGCUGACGACGCAGUUACUCAUAACAUGGAUACACUAAGUUGGCAAUUCCAUUCUAAUAUGAUUUGACUUUGGGAAUAAAGUGGCUAUACAGAGCAGCUCAAGUUGUAAGAUGAGAUGAGGAGGAGGAGGAGGAUAAGGGCUGUCAACAAGAGGCCAGAUUAACUCAAGAUGUUCAGAGCAAUUCUUUUAUCUGAAUAUCAGUGAGGAACAGUAUGUGAAAGACUAUCGUACUGUUUCAAAGAGUUGACUGAAAUCUGCCAAAUGUUGCAGCCACAACGGUAAACUCAGAGCAGGGCAAGGACUGCGUCUGUGAAAGUGAUAUGACAAUGAACUUCUAUUUGCUUAACUCAUUGUAGUCUGCACCUGGACUUAUUUAUAACAUUUUGCAGUUUGCUGUCCAGUGAUGCAUAAGAAAAUGUCACUGAAGAUUUCAUUCAGUGACAGUUGACAACAUAUUAUUUCUACCUGGUCAGGGAUCAAUAGCUGGCAGAGUGUACAAGCUGAGAGAUGUUGGCUUAAGACUUGCAGGGUGGAUGAAGUUAUGAAUCCUGAUUUAUAACAAUUGCCAGUCGGGGAGCAAAAGGAUGUAAUGAAUUGAACAGUAGCUGAGGCUGGGUGCAGUUAAUAUAAUACAUUCAUCCAUUUGAAGACAAAUUCACUGACUUGACUGCUCACGUGAGGUCCUUGAACAUAUCGUUGCACUGUCUGUUUCUUUUGGACAUGAAUCCUGGCAUGUAUUUCCAUGACUGUCUGCUCCCUUGACAUUUUGCCAUCUCUGGGUUCAGGACACCUUUCCCACUUUUCACCUCCUCCAACAAGGCUCAUGGUUCAGCAUCUGAAAACUUUGGAGCCUGCUAAGUUGUUCCAUUUUUCAUCCUUUCCCAGGUGAGUUCCUGCAUGACUGCCAAUAAGUCCUCCUGCCACAAUGCAUCUUCCAUUUAAGAAGAGUAAGUUAGCUUUUAAUGGUCCUGACUAGUUACAACGUUGGGAUCCUUGCUGAUAAACACAGCCAAUGAAAAGCACGCUUAGUGCUUGCUGCAUACAGCCAUAAUUCAAAUGACCAGGCAUCAUGCAGUUUAUGUGCUGCUUGUAAAAUGCUAAACAAAUGUGUUUUAACCAUACAUCAUGUUCCCUGUUUUUAAGGAAUUAAUUCUCCAAAGUAAUUGGCAUGCCUUGAGUACAAAGGGUUAAAAUAUAUAAAUUGUCAAACAAAAAGUUAACCACUGCACUACAAAUAGCAUUCAGCAGAAGUAUUGCAUUUGCACAAACAUAUAUGUAGUAAAUCACAGUUCACUGAAAAUAACAGAUUUAGUUCAUCAUCUAUCAGUAAGCUUGAUUGGUCUAACAUUUUUUCAUCUCUGUGAGGAAGCUGUUUGCGGUGAUGCUACUUUUAUUGUGCCCCUACAAGUAGCUGAAACUUUUUCCUUCCUCUGGAUGCAGUGUAGAGACUGAAAACAGCCAGCUUAUGUUGUACAAGAGGAAUGGAACUCUUAAAAAUUACAGCAACCAGAAACACAGCAACAGAAAAUACUCAGCAAAGUGUAUUGAUCAUUAAAAAGAAGGAACCCCGAUAUUGUGAUUCUGAAGAUUUUCAAAAUGAUAUAUACUUUUCUGUAAUCAUCAACAUCAAACUUAUGUAGCACAGCAUAAUGAAUGUUCUGAAUGCAAUUAAAAUGAUUUCAUUUCCUCUUCAUUUCCAGUUGACUGUGACAUUUACACCUUAAACACAUUUAAAUUUCAAUACAUAAUGCAAUGAAAAUCGAAUAAUGAUGGGUCAAAUUGACUUAAUAUUACACUUUUUGCUGGUUUCCUUACUGCAUAAAGAGAAUUGAGCUUUGCAUUUGGUAGGUUAGAACAGUAUUUUAGAAAGUAGCACAAAGAAGAAAGGAAACAUAGGGGAUCCAGGCAUUAGGACAGAUGAGGUGGGCAUGGACCAACACUGUGGUUGUUUUUACUCCACAAGGAUAGAAGGUAGCUCACCAUCACCUUUUGAGAACAAUUAAGGAUAAGCAAUAAAUGCUGGCUGAGCCAGUGACAUCCACAUCUCAUGAACAAACAAAAUGACCAUAAGAUGUAGGAGCAGAAGUAGGCUUUUCAGCCUAUUGAGUCUGCUCUGCCAUUUAAUGAGAUCAUGUCCGAUAUGGUAAUCCUCAACUCCACUUUCCCUCUUUAUCCCCCAUUGCCCUUGGGAAAAAAUGUGCUCUCAUUGGUUCAUUCUUUCUAUGAUUUGAAGAAACUUUAAAAAACAUUUAAAAUAAUGGAACCCAUAUUAACCCUUUGAGACUCUCAACCUUUGCCAGCCAGGGAUUCUGAGCUUUCUCCAGAUGUUAACCAGUUUGAAAAUGAUCACAGAUAAUCACUGACCAGGAGUAAUUAAAUACACACAAAACCCAUCAGAAGUCAACUUUUUCUGGUUUUGUGCCCUGUUUUAUUAUGCAUUUGCAUUGUUAUCUGAAGCUGAGGUACUUUAGGUGCUUCUUGCUGUGGACUGAGUAUUACCUCUGAAACUGAGUUUCAUCAAUGGAAUGUAGCAGCCAAUGAAUUAGGUUUAGUUUUGCUUUUAUUCAUUUUAUUUUACAAUACAGCAAGUUAUAAAAAUAAUCAUAAAAGUAUAUGCAGUCUUCGUUGGAAUUUACUUAUUGAUAUUUUAAAAUCAGUGGAAUUUACUUAGGGUUUCUCGGUGCAAUUGAUGCUGUAGAAACAUCACCAAAAUAAAUUUCAUGCAAAUAUUA